AUGAAUAAUACCAGCAGUAACAUCACGUGGCCUUCGACCAAUCAAAAUGAAGCCCAGCAUGAUGCUAUGCAGUUUGAACGUCUCACAUGGAACCCCACGGAAGACAUCAAAAGGGAUGCCAACCGUGUCAUCAGUACCAUAAAUGCGGCAACAAACGCAGUCCACCUUCCGCCCAUCCAAGGGGACUUCAGGCUUGGUUACCUCUAUGGUAACAUGAAAACCCAUAAGGAAGGCAACCCUCUCUGCCCGAUUAUCAGCCAGACGCCUGCCCCGAAUUACGCCUUGGCCAAGUGCCUCAAUCAAAUUUUGACUCCCUACGUCCUGAGCCGCUAUAGCCUGAAUUCAUCGAUGGAGUUCCUUGAAGAAAUUCGUGACUACCCCGGCACUGGCAUCAUAGCAUCCCUCGACGUAGAAUCCCUAUUUAUCAACAUUCCCAUCGACAAGACCAUUAACAUCAUCAUGGAUCGUGUCUACCGAGACCCAUUGACGGCCCCAUUCAAUAUCCCAAAAGCCUCUUUGCGCACCUUGCUGGACAUCUGUACAAAGAGGGCCCCCUUCUCCACCCACCGAGGACAGAUGUUCCGUCCGAAAGAUGGCGUUGCCAUGGGCUCUCCUCUGGGAGUCCUCUUUGCCAACUUCUAUAUGGGUGCCAUAGAAGAGAGGGUCUUCACCCAAAGCCAGCACCCCCGCAAAUACGCCCAUUACAUAGACGAUGUCUUUGUGCAAGUCGACACCGAGGAUGAGGUAGAAGCCCUUCGUCGCUGA